CAAAUCAUUUCCUCCGCGAGAGAGCUUCUACCCAGCGCUACGUCGAACACAGCAAAUAAAUCGCAAAACGCCACAACGAUGGGGCCCAACAUCACGCAGAAAAAACCAAACUUCCGGAUGUGCGGUAUUUUCGUGCGCGAUGCGCACGUGGGGCACAAGCAAGGGAACGCUUUUUUUGUCAUUUACCCGGAACCCAUCAUCGACCCAAUGCUGCUUGACAUGGAGGAGGAGACGGCGCUGAACAAGCACGACAGAGUUCUGCAACAAGACUCCUUGAGGAGCCAGAAUGCUGACCAGGAAGAUGUCGAAGAAGAUGCGUCUUCUGCCGCUUCCUCUUCUUCCUCCAGCACUAAUCUGAUGGAGUACCACCUGGAAAAGCGGGCGAAGUUACUGCACGGCUUACUGGAAAACCCGACCCAAUUAUCCACAGAAAAAAGUAGCCUUUUGCACAUUCAGCAACACAGAGUUUUUGUUCUGCAUGAUGCCAUCAAGGAGUUUUUACAAUGCGGAGAUCAUAAGGGAAAGCAUGCAUUUCAGGCAUGACAGAGACGGUCUGUGUCGCGUGUCCCGCAACACAAGGCGCUUUUUUGUCUGCAUAAAGAUCCACGUUUCUGCGACGGAAAAUGAUUUUCACCUUCCCCGAAGAUCUGUACAGCCAGAUGAUGCGCCUCCGGCUGUUUGACCGGCACUUGGAAACCCGAAAGGAGAUCUUGAAAGCCCGGGCUGGGGAAGAAAAAAUCAUGGCGUUGCAAAACGAAGUGAAUCAGCACAGUGGUGAUCAAAAUGGGGAUGAGCAAAUCCGAAGGCAGAACAACAAGUCCGUUACCGAGCUAAACGAGGAACUCGAAAUUGCGGAUUCGGGGCACCGCCCGUGGGUUCUCGGGGUCUGUGAAAAAGACCGACCCAGCAAGCCGGUGGAUUUAUUGUCCAGCGGGCAAAACGAGAAUUUGCUCGCGAGACUGCAACAAGACCCGGAGUUUCGAAACCGCUACCCGACCGCUCUGGGGGCCGUGCCCGGGUGCUGUAACGAGAAAUUAUCAAAUGCAAAUAUGUCUGGGUCUGGAUCUGGAAGACUGCGAGACUUGUCAUGCUUGUCUGGCAUGACUCUGGACUCUGUGUUGCGUGGCCACAAACAGCUCCCUCCGCCUGUCAUGCAAAAACGCAGCUUCCUAUGCGGAAUACGCAACAUCACAGCGCGACGAAGAAACCUGUCAUGCUUCACGGUGCAUUACAGAGUGCUGUAGUAUUCGCUGAGCUGCAUUACAAGUUUCCAGACCCAGACAUAUUUGCAAUGCAUAAAAAUGGGUGGAAUACUACUUGUGUCCCUCAACGUUUUCUGCGGUGUCGCUCGGGAACUUGUUUUUCAGCUGGUUCUCGCACAGAGGGGGCAUUCGGGGCGACUGGCUCUGCGUUCUGUCGCACAGUGGCGUGAAAGGGGACGAAGCUAGAAAUGCUUCGGGUUCGGGGAAAAAGAACGGUGGAAACAACAAUAAAAACGCGAAGCUGUUGUUCGAUUCCAAGGUCGCACCCCCGGGGAUUUUGAAUCGCCCCAAAGUGGCGUCGAAACCGCUAGAAGUAGGGGAAGAAGUAGUUCCUGGGACCACUACUGCAGUGACCACCGCAAACAAGAACAACGGCGAAAAUUUUGACAAGAAAAGCACUAACGGGGAGCAAGUCGUAUUGGAGAACGAAAUCGAUAAGUGGCUGAAGGAGAAAUUCAAACUCUCGUCCAAGGAGGCCAAGGGAGUAGAAGACAGCGAGCACACAAUGGACCUCCAAAAUCUUCUGCGUGCAGAACGGUACAGCCGACAGCACUUAUAA